UGGUACAAAAUUGUGGAACUCAGUAUCAAUUAGUUAGCUGUGCCUUAAAGUUCAUAUUUUUCGACUCAAGGAAAUUGUUUGACUAGCUAAACCUUGUUUUAAAAUAGGUGUAUGCAUUUACAUAAAAAUCCCGAGAUGAGUCUUAUCAGUUUCCAACUAUCAAUUCUCCUAGUCUUCGUCAUCGUUGCAGUAGCAUAUGCAGGCCAGGCUUUACCUGAAGAAACUGGAAAAGUGCGCCUACGCGGAAAGUGCAACACUACAUCGGAGUGCAUUGGACCUGACAUGGAAUGUAGGACUGGAAUGUGUAAAUGUAUCCUUGGUUAUUUGCCCAGUGCCAACGACUCGAAUGUCUGCACAGCAGCUGCUCAUAUUGUACAGGCACAUGCAGGAUCGGAUGGUAAAUGGUCACUUGGGAUACUAUCGUAUAUCAAGAUAACCUUAUUGACAACUAUGGCACAGUUCAUAUAUAGUAGUUUCGUUAACGGAAUGUAAAAUUGAAUAUGCACUAUUAGAUCGUGACCAAAUUAAAAAUACUUCAUAAUAAUAAUAAAUAUACAACUUCCUCGAG